CUAAGCCUAGUUAGAGCAAGAGAGGUUUGUGCGAUGGGAAGUGGGAAGAAGAGGGCGGCGCUUGCGUCCUUGUUCGGGUUCAAGAACAGGAGACAGGAGGAGGAAGAGGCCACGGCGGCGAGGCGGCAGCAGCAGCAUGCGGCGGCGGCGCCGCAGCAGAGGUACCAGCAUCACAGGGUGCGCCCGAGCGACGACGACGACUACACCCGGCACUGGUAUGCCGAACGCGACAUCGACCGAAAGGCCUCCGAGUUCAUCGACAAGGUCCACCGCCGGAUGCUCGCCAACGAGCAGGACGGAUAGUAUAGCCACUGGCCGGGUGGUCUAUCUCGUCGAUCUUUGCUGCCACUGCUAGCUAGAUCGUGCA